AUGUCACCCAUUUUCUUCUCUACAUUUAUCCUGUCUGCUUGCUGCUUAACCAAAGGAAACUGCAUCUCCUCUGAUGAGCUGAAAGAGCUGAAGACUCAAUUUGCCAUCAACCUGUACCAGCAUGUAUGUGAAGCAGAGAACAGAACCAAUCUGGUAGUCUCUCCAGCAAGUGUGGCAAUUGCUUUGGAGCUGCUGCAGUUUGGAGCUCAAGGAAAUACCUUUAAGGAGCUGCAGGAUGCCCUAGGAUACAAUAUUCAUGAUGAAGGUGUGCAGGACCUCUGGCAGGUGGCAGAUGAAGGAGAGACCAACUCCAGCCAAGGCCCAGUGGUUCAGCUGACGUGCUCCCUCUUCGUGGACGCCGGCGUGCAGCUCUCGCCCGUUUUUGCUGCUCAUGCUGUGCGUUGGGCCAACAGCACCCUGCAGCCAGCCAACCUCACUCAGCCCAACAGAACCACAGCCCAAGAGCAAACCCCCGAGGCCUGGGGGAGUAGGAUGGCUUGUGUCCCCUCCCCACCUCUCUUCCAUGCAGAUGGGGACGUGCAUGGCAUGCCACUGGAGAGCGCUGGGUCACCACCUGGCCAGGUCACCCUGGUGAGCACCAUGUCCUUCAAAAGCACGUGGCAGAAGAAGUUUUCCUUCCUGGAUACCCAGAUGUUGCCUUUUACCACAGCAGAGGGCUCCACCCUGAAGGUGCCCACGAUGCAUCACACGGCCGAAGUCAACUACGGCCAGUUCCAAACUGCAGCUCUGGAGAGUUUCAGUGUGGUUGAGUUACCCUACCUAGGUGAGAAACUCAGCAUGUUCCUGCUGCUUCCCAGCCACAAAAGGACACCUUUGGCCCAGAUUGAGUCUCACCUUUCUGCCAAAACCAUAACCCUCUGGGCCAACAGCUUAAAGAGAACAAAGAUGGACAUUUUUCUACCUAGGUUCAGUAUUCAAAGCCUUUUUGACCUAAAGACAGUUUUUUAUGCCUUGGGAAUUAGAGAUGCAUUUGACCCCAACACUGCUAAUUUUAAAGGCAUUUCAGAGCAAGACAGUCUUUAUAUUUCAGAAGCUAUACACAAAGCAGAGAUUGAAAUAACAGAAGAUGGCACGAAGGCAUCAGGAGCUACAGCAAUGGUGUUGCUAAAAAGAUCUCGAGCUCCUGUUUUCAAAGCAGACCGACCCUUCACAUUUUUCCUGAGGGAAGCUACCACAGGAAGAGUUACAAAUCCUUCAUAA